UAAAGGAAGCGCUACAACUGUGCUGUGAACACGGUAUCCUUUGUGUCCAUUAUUACAGAUUAAGUCUGAAGCCGGUAACAUCAACAGUGAGGACAAACCCAGCCUGCCUCUCUCCUUCCACACUGAGUCCAAACCUACAGUCACUGGGUCCUGAUUGUGACAGUGGAGCCCAGUUUGCUCUGCAGGAUCCAGAGAUGGCAUCAGUGAAGCUGGAAGACUGCAGUCAAACACUGGAGCUGAAUGUCAACAUUAAAGAUGAAGAAGAGGAGAAAUCGGUUUCUCUUAGACAACUAGAAUUAAGUCUGAGUUCGGUAACAUCAACAGUGACAACAAACCAAGCCUGCCUCUCUCCUUCCACACUGAGUCCAAACCUACUGUCACUGGGUCCUGAUUGUGACAGUGGAGCCCAGUUUUCACUGCAGGAUCCAGAGAUGAAGCUCGAAGACUGCAGUCAAACAAUGGAGCUGAAUGUCAGCAUUAAAGAUGAAGAAGAUAAGAUUGAGAAAUCUCUUUCUCAAGGAGACCAUGUUGAGACAUUCUCUACAUCCAGAGAGAAACAGCAGGAAGAUCACAGAGCUAAGAGGUCUCACCACUGCCCACAUUGUGAGGAGAAUUUUUCACUUCUAUCAAAGCUAAAAUUACAUUUAAAAAUACACACAGGAGAGAAUCUGUUUUCCUGUACUGACUGUGGGAAGAAUUUCACAACCUCAAAGGCUCUGACAGUUCAUCAGAGAGUGCACAGAGGAGAGAAGUCAUACCCCUGCUCUGACUGUGGAAAGAGUUUCUCUCAACUGUGCACCUUAAAAAGACAUGAACAUAUACAUACAGGAGAGAAGCCUUACUCCUGCCCUGACUGUGGAGGGAGUUUCUCUCAACUGUACAACUUAAAAAGACAUGAACGCAUACAUACAGGAGAGAAGACUUACUCCUGCUCUGACUGUGACAAAUGCUUCAAAAGAUCAACUGCUCUAAAGGUUCAUCAGAGAACACACACAGGAGAAAAGCCUUACUCCUGCUCUGACUGUGAAAAAUGCUUCAAAAGAUCAACUGCUCUAAAGGUUCAUCAGAGAACACACACAGGAGAAAAGCCUUACUCCUGCUCUGACUGUGAAAAAUGCUUCAAAAGAUCAACUGCUCUAAAGGUUCAUCAGAGAACACACACAGGAGAAAAGCCUUACUCCUGCUCUGACUGUGGAAGGAGUUUCUCUAAACUGUACAACUUAAAAACACAUGAACGUAUACACACAGGAGAGAAGCCUUACUCCUGCUUUUACUGUGAAAAAAUCUUCAGAACAUCAACUGAUCAAAAAGUUCAUCAGAGAAAUCACACAGGAGAUAAGCCUUACACCUGCUCUGACUGUGGAAAGAGUUUCUCUCAACUGGGCGACUUAAAAACACAUGAACGUAUACACACAGGAGAGAAGCCUUUCUCCUGCUCUGACUGUGAAAAAUGCUUCAAAACAUCAACUGAGCAAAAAGUUCAUCAGAGAACACACACAGGAGAGAAGCCUUACUCCUGCUCUGGCUGUGGAAAGAGAUUCUCUCAACUGGGCAACUUAAAAACACAUGAACGUUUACAUACAGGAGAGAAGCCUUACUCCUGCUCUGACUGUGGAAAGAGUUUCUCUCAACUGGGCGACUUAAAAACACAUGAACGUUUACAUACAGGAGAGAAGCCUUACUCCUGCUUUUACUGUGAAAAAAUCUUCAGAACAUCAACUGAGCAAAAAGUUCAGCAGAGAACACACACAGGAGAGAAGCCUUACUCCUGCUCUGACUGUGGAAAGAGUUUCUCUAAACUGGGGGACUUAAAAACACAUGAACGUAUACACACAGGAGAGAAGCCUUACUCCUGCUCUGACUGUGGAAAGAGUUUCUCUAAACAGCACAACUUAAAAAGACAUGAACGUAUGCAUAUAGGAGUGAAGCCUUAAUCCUGCUCUGAUUGUGUAAAAUGUUUCACAGCAUCAACUGACCUAAAAGUUUGUCAGAACACACACUGGAGAGAAGCAUUACUCCUGCUCUUAAUGUGGCAAGAGUUUCUCCCGAUUGGGAAAUGUAAAGACACACCAACAGAUACAUAGUUGACCGAAGCCUUAUCAAAGCACUGACUGUGAGAAGAGAUUCUACAGAUUGGGCCAUUUAAAAAGACACCAAUGUGUACAUAAAGGAGAGAAGCCUCAUCAGUUCUCUCAGACCAGCUAAGAUUAGACACUCCACUUCAUUCUCAUGUCAGUAAAUAAUUGGCAACAUUGAAUUGGAUCAAAUGAAGUGUAGAACGCUCUAUUGUAAAAAUAGAAAAAACACAACAACAAAAAACAUAUAAGGACACCUGCUUUUUCCAUAGCAGACCAGGUGGGCUAAGGAAUGGAAAAAUUGGAAACAUACUGCCUGGUCUGAUGAAUCCCUGUUCCUGCUGUUUCAUGCUGAUGGGAGGACUGGGGUAUGGAGGAAACCACGAGUACAUACAUCCAGUGGUGGAAAAAGUACCUAACUGUCAUACUGAGUGAAAGUAAUGAAACCUUAAUAGAAAAUUACUCAAGUCAAAGUGAGUCACCCAGUAAAAUACUACCUCAGUAAAAGUCUAAAAGCUUUUGUUUGUAAAUAUACUUAUGUAUUAAAAGUAAUUGCUAAAAUAUACUCCAUUAAAAGUAUGAAUAAUUUCAAAUUCCUUAAAUUAAGCAAACCAAACUGUACAACUGUGUUGUGUUUUGUUUUUAUAUUACAGAUAGCCAGGGGCAGACUCCAACACUCAGACAUCACUUACGAACGAUGCAUUUGUGUUUAGUGAGUCUUCCAGAUCAGAGGCAGUAGGGAUGACCAGGGAUGUUCUCUGUUUAGUGAGUCUGCCAGAUCAGAGGCAGUAGGAAUGACCAGGGAUGUUCUCUGUUUAGUGAGUCUUCCAGAUCAGAGGCAGUAGGAAUGACCAGGGAUGUUCUCUGUUUAGUGAGUCUGCCAGAUCAGAGGCAGUAGGAAUGACCAGGGAUGUUCUCUUGAUAAGUGCGUGAAUUGGACCAUUUUCUGUUCAGCUAAUCAUAAAAAAAUGUAACAAGUACUUUUGGGUGUCGGGGAAAAUGUAUGGAGUAAAAAGUACAGUUUGUUUAGGAAUGUAGUGAAGUAAAAGUUGUCAAAAAUAUAAAUAGGAAAGUACAGAUACUACAGAAACUACUAAAGUAGUUCUUUAAAUAAUUUUUACUUCAGUACUUUACACUGCAUGCAUCCAUGCCAUGUGUCAGCAUUUCAGACUGGUGGUGUGUUUUCAGGCCACACAUUGGGCCCCUUGAUAAAAGUUGAGCAAUGUUUGAAUGCCACAGGAUAUUGUGAGAGCAAAAUUGCAAGAUUAUGUUAUAUUUGUUUUAUUUUAUCAAAUGGUUGUUUUGUGCAACAGAAUAGAAGUUUCUUAUAACUAUGGUUUCUGUGUGAACUGAAAAGUGGGUCUCUGGGAGAUUUAACACUGACAGAAGAUUUACAUUGUCUUGGGUUGAUAAACCUAACAAGACCGCAUUCCAUAGCAUGAGUUAAUGUUUCUGUCCUGAGGUACCAGGGGGAGAUUGCUCCAAUGUGGAGUUGGGGGGGCCAGACCCUGGUCUCUACACAAUGAGAAAUUAGUAUAUUUCAUACGAAUCCUUACCUUGUGGCCCAUUUCAUAAAGCUGUUGUUUGUAAUGAACAUCCAGGAGGAUGGACUUUGCUAUAAAAUGCUGUGGCUUUAGUCCUGCUGGUUGGGCUCUCAACGAAUCACCUACGGCACGGUCAUUGACCAGCUCCAUUACUGCAGUAAUUAACUAAUAAAGUUAGAUUGUUUUGAAGAAAUGUAUAAGUCUCUCCUUUUGAUUACAAUAAUUCCACCACAAUAUCUAAACAUCAUUGCCAAUCAGGUGCAUCCCUUCAUGGCGGCAGUUUAUCCAUCUGCAAAUUGAUUUUCUUUUCAUUAGGAUUAUGCCUUAUGCCACAAGGCUUGUCCAGGAAUGGUUCCCAGAACAGCUCAUUGAAUUCCCUGUAAUUGUACAUCUGUGGGGCGAGAUGGAACGAGCUAUUCGGAGAAGAUCCACUCCCAGCCAACUUGACACAAUUGUAGGAAGCAUUGGAGUCAACUUGGACCAGCAUCCCUGUCGAACGCUCUCAACACCUUGGACAGUCUAUGCCCAAAGAUUUUAGGCUGACAUUCUAGAUGAUUCUGUGUAUCGUAAGUUCAAAUAAAGUUCACAUAAUAAUAAUUUCUAAAAUCUAACAAUUUGAUGAAAUUAUAGCCUAUUUGGUAA